AUGCAGUGCGCUGGCGGGAGGUUCGGAGCUUUUGGCUGCUGCACCCCGGUAGGGCGCCGGAGAGGUGCUGGCUGCACGACCUGGGAGCAGGGGCGCGCUGAGGUUUAAAGUAUCAACUAGAAUCAAUUUGCAUUUGAAAAUCAGAUCAACACGAAGACUUGAUAUUGUGGCAUGAUUAGCAAGCAAGCAAUGUCAUCUAACGAACAAGAAAGACUCUUGUGUUAUAAUGGGGAAGUCCUUGUUUUUCAGUUGUGUAAAAGAAAGUUUGCCGAUACAGGGGCUGCAAAAACACCCAUAUUACAUGUCAGAAGAAUGGUGUUUGACAAAGGAACAAGAGUAUUUGCUCAGAAGUCCACUGGGUUUUUUUGCAUGGAGGAAGAAAACUCUCAUUUUAAAAUUAUUUGUUGCAGCUGCGUGUCAGACUUGAGAACUGGACUCAGCCUUCCUCAUGUUAUGAUACAAAGCGAAAAAGAUAACGUUUUCAAUUAUUUUCUGCUGUUGCUUCACAGUACCAAUAAAUUCGAAAAGCGAUUGAGUUUUAAACUAGGCUAUGAGUUGAAGGACAGCUUAAGGGUUCUUAAUGGUCCUUUAAUUUUAUGGAGACACGUCAAAGCAGUCUUCUGUAUCUCUUCCAAAACUGGCACAGUUGUUAGUGUGCCAGUUAACUUUUCCUCUGUUGUGUGGGCAGGGGAGAUUGGAAAUCUAGGUAUCGUUUUAUUGGGAUGCACCCAGAGACCUUCAAAGUCAGAUUGUGCUAUUUGGAAUACGAAAUUUUGUGUAUACUCUCUUGACCACCAAGAAAUCUUACCUGAUACAUAUGUUAUCCCUCAUGCUUAUAGCAGUGUGGUAACUUGUGUGCAUGUCUGUGCAACUGAGUUAGUUAACAACCAGUUAAGAAUGUCUCUGAUUGCCCUUACUCAAAAGAAUCAGCUGAUUUCAUUCCAUAAUGGUACUCCUGAAAGUGUGUGCCAGCUUCCAUUUGGAGAUCCUUGUACAGUUCAACUUAUGGAUUCGAGUGGAGAAGACUCCCUUUUCAUUGUAUCUUUUAGGUCCAGUGAUGCUUGUGCUGUUUGGAAAAAGAACUUUCAGAUUGCCACUAAGUGGGAAAAAAUUUUCUCAGUACUGAUCGAUGACUUUAUUGGAGCUGGAACUGAACAAGUGCUGCUACUCUGGAAGAGCUUCUUGGACUCUGAUUGCCUGACUUCAUUUAAAAUAACAGAUCUCGUCAGCAUAAACUAUUCAAGUGAUGCGUUGGAUUGCAGUGAAGAUAUUUUAAUUGAAGACAUCGAGAAGAAUUCUCCUCAUUCUUUGGUGAUUCCAGCUUUAGAAAGAAGAUUGAAAAUUGGUUUGGCUUCAGUUCAGGAUUUACAGCAGCAUCUCCUGCUUAAGGAAAAAGUUAUUUCAAAAUCUUGCAAAGCUUUAAUAAACCUGGUUCAAGGGAAGACUGAUAUAACAUCAAGUACAGAGGAGGAGUACCUUGUUCCUCUUUGUGGUGAAAAAGAAAAUCCUGUGCAUACCUUUGAUGAAAAGAUAUCAGAUGAUUUAAAAGAUUCAGAACAUCUAAUAGAGAAGAUGUGGUAUCGUGUAAUGGAUGAUAGCUUGGUUGUUGGAGUGAAAACCACAUCUUCUUUGCAACUGUCUCUGAAUGAUGUGACUUUAUCGCUGUUAUUGGAUCAAGCUUGUGACUCCAGCUUUCUGCUUAAGUGUCAAAAUAGGGUGAUUAAGUUGAGUACGGGUUCUUUACCAGCAUCACCUUCUAUGCCAUAUGAAGUCGGAUCAGAGGCAAAAAGAAUCAAGUUAACCCUUCAUAGCAAGGAAGAGAAAAGCUUUGUUUGUCAACAACCAUCUAAGAAAGAUUGUGUACAGAUAAUUACUGCCGUAACAUCUCUUCCACCACUUUUAGCACUCAAUAAUUUCUGUUGCAUUGUACUGCUACAAAUUAGGGAGAGAAAAAAUGGUAACCAUUCUGAAAAUCGUUCUGUUCCUUGUGGCAGACUUUUUUUAAGUCUGGAAGAUAUUUCAAGGGGGAAAUACCUAGUGACAUUUCCAAAGAAUGAAUCUGUAGAAAACAUGGAAGAUUUUUUUGUACUUCUCGCAGCAUUACACAAAUUUUGUUUUCAAAUCACAUCAUCUGGCCAUACCCUGACUUCAAUGAGGACAUGGCUCUUAGAAUACAUGCAAUGUGAAGUAAUCAAAGAAUUUCCGGAAAUGUGGUUUUGUAAAAGGCCAGGAAGUUUUUAUGGGACACUCUUCAACUGGAAACAAAGAACGCUAUGCGAAGGAAUUUUAAUAGUCUAUUGCAGGAAUCAAACUGUUUUGUUCCAGUGCCUUCAUUAUCUCAUCAGAGUUCUCCCUGUAAACUGUUUCUUCAAAAAAUUAAAAUUAGGAAGUGAAGAUUUCCUAAUUGACCAUUUGGCAUUAACCUUGGAGAAGGAACUGGUUACCCUUACUAGUUCUCUUUUUUCUGCCUUAGCUGAGGUUGAAAGCAACUUUGUACAGCAGUAUGAAGCAAGCAAAAAUAAGAGCAGUGUCAUUGUGGCUUCCUUAUCAGACAGAGAGGAAAAAAUACAUCCGUACAGAAAAGAACUUCAGAGAGAAAAGCAGCAAAUCACAUUGGGAAUGAACCUAAAAAACACAGCAACUAUGGGAUCAUGUGUUGAUACGGAGAUACCAUACAAUCUCAGCGGUGUGGAAUGCUGUGCUAACACAUGGAGAACAGUGGUCGUGCCCAGUCUCCCAGAUCUGCUGAAGACUUUGUAAGAAUCGUGCAAUUCGAGAUGAAAAACGUUCAUGAAUUCUUCUAUGCAAGAUAGAAAAUGAAUGAUGGGGGAAGAAACAGGAAAAAGAGAAAGAUCAUUUUAACAGGUGGGAUUUAAAAAUCGAAAUGUAGGUUGUCUUGCAUUGUACAUUAUCUGUCCUUCUCGCCUCCCCAACAGGCUUGGAAGCAUUUAGAAGGCUGGGUCAGCCGGUCAUAUAUUUGUUUUUAUCCUUCCCGGUAAUUGGCAAUGUGAGUAUAUUGCUGGAACUAAAAAUAUUUUUUAAGCUAGCACAUAUUGAAGCACUAUGCUAAGCACGUUAAAAUUACCUAAUUUAAUCCUCACUAAAGAGGAAUUUUUUUUAUUGCUCCGGUAAAUGUUUACAGAUGAGGAAACCAAGGUUUAGAGAGGUUAAGUAACUUGCCUAAAGUCAUGCCGCAAGUUAUUAGAUAAGCAAAGACUCCGUAUCUCGUCAUUCUGAUUCCAAAUACCUGAACUUGAACCACUUUGUGGCACUGCCUUCAUUACAAUGUCCUCUCUCUCUCCUGACCAGCUAACCGUGGUCUAGCAGGGUUUUCCAUUGGUCUGUAAGCUCCUGGGAUGAUUUGAUCCUUUACAUCUGACCUCUUUAAUCGUGGGCGUUGUUUCACAGUUCAUUUUGGUUUGGGAUAGAAAAAG